AUGAGGGCAGCACUCCUGCCUUCCCUACUUGCCGCGGUGGUGCAAGCUCAAGGCGCAUUCAAGUUCGGCGCCGCAUACAGUACUAGUCCGAGCCAAGUGCCGCUUCAGCUCGCGGGCGGCCACGACUGGGAUACGGCGCCGAGUGAGCACGCGACGGGGCAUCUGCUGUUUGACUCUGUGAGCUCGCUGAUGCAGCGCUGGCCGAAUACCGUCGUGCGUCCAGGCCACACCAUCGUCCCCGCGCUCAUCCCCGCCGGCACAAUCCUCUACCACGGCCUCCCCACAGGCUCCUCCCUCCCCCCGCACCCCGACUGGCUCGCCUUCUCCUUCACGCACGCCUACGAGUUCGCCGGCGGGCCCGACGGCCAUGUCAUAACUCUAUCGACGAGCCGGCCGCUGAGGCUGCUGUAUUUUGACGGGUCGAGCGCGGCGAAGGUCAGGGAUGGGAGCUACGAUACGCAGGAGGUCGUCAUGUGGGGCGAGGUGCGGGAUGAGGGGGCGCGGGGCGCGCGGGACGAUGUAAAGAUUCUUGAGAGGCUUUGCGAGUGGGGCGUGCCGAGGGGCGUGGAUGGGUUUGUGAGGAUGGAGUAUCACUUCGAGGUGAUGCAAUGCAACCUGACCUCCGGCCUCACCCUCCUCGCCUCGUCCCCCGUCCUCCCCCAACAAACCCCGCACUACCCCUCCGACCCCCAGAAACCGCGCCCGCCAACCUGGCGCGGCUCGCUCCCGUCCACGAACGGCGAGUCGCGCGUCGAAGGCAAAUGGGCCGACCGCGCGCCGGGCGAGACGCGCGUGUGGGUCCUUUACGACAGGCUCAGCACGUUCUACGACCCGGCGUUGACGAGCCUGUUCGACGUGCGCCGUGGGCGGCCGCGCGAGCUGCACAGGCUGAAGGGGAUAUCGAAAGAGGAAGCGGGGAUGAAGCUGCGCGAGCUCGAAGAUGUCGCCGCGCAACUCGAUACGAACGGCUGGGACGCGCACAGUCAAAGUCAAAGCGGAGUAGACUGGGCGAGCAUAACGCACGUCGUCGUCGAGCGAUACGCACAGCGCCUCGAGCUCCUCUCAUACACCCUCUCUUCCUCUUCCUCGUACCCCUCCGUCCGGGCCCGGGCAUCGAAAGCGCGCGCGCAGGUCCUCACGAUGCUCGCGCCGUACUUCACCACCGCCGACUCUCCGCGCGCCGACGACGACGUCGCGUCCAAAGGAUGGCUCGCCCCGGUUGUGCAACGCUGCUCGACGACGCAUACAGCCGGGAUCCCCGCGUCCCUCUUGACGCCGCAAGAACGCCUCAUACGCGACGCGGUCGCGGACGUGACGCGCGAGAUCUGCCGUCGGCUGGGACGGAUGUUCCACGCUGCGUUCGACGUCGAGGACCCCGCGCUCUCUGAAGAAGAAGUGAGGGGCGUUGUUGGGUUUAUGCAAGAGGAGGUCGACGCGUUGAUGGGGUGGUUGGACUGGACUUCUGUGUGGCUCGGGUGCAGGCCGGCGUGCUCGAUCGAGGAGAUGUGCGUGGUGCCUACGUGGCCGUUCGAGGACGGGGAAGACGAGAACGAUACGCGGCACCCGCGCUGUGUGCGGCUGCCGAACGUGUAG